CGAUUGGGCAACCUACUUCACAGCAGCAAAAGUCUUGAUGCGGUGGCUUAAUUUCACAGAUGAUCGACCGGUGUGGUUUAUUUGGAUGACUUCACCAUUGCUCCAUCCUUUCGCAAACGGCCGAUAUCAAAAGCACCGACCUGCGCCCGUGGUUUCACGAAAAUCUUCCCGUAUAACACCUAGUGUACGACGGUUACGCCAUGUACAUGAUAUGAAGGCCACCUUACGGGACAAGGUCGUAUGAGACGAUCAUUGCACAGUGUUUCCAGAUUCCGAUUUCUCUUUGGGUAGUGGAGGAUGACAUCUUAGAAUCUUCGCCAUUUGGGGCCGAUAACGAGACUGAACAGACAUUUCCAGCGGCAGCCGAUGUGGUAGCGCGUCACGCCUCAUCAUGACUGCCCGUCCGCCACGGCCCGUAGUUGAAGUCAAACACCGCUACCUGGCCUGGGAUAAGCCGCAGUUUCUCAUCGCAAACACUUCCAAGAGACCCGAGACUAGCCCUAAAACGUCCCUUGAUUCCAGAAACGCUCGCACGAGAAGGGAUGUGAAGUUAACAGUCAGUCGGAGUGCCGACCCACACACGGUACGGCGUGGACCGAACGCGGUGGAUAACCGACUCGGAAAAUCUCAACAGAGACUUUCUUCCCAACUGAACAAUUCUGCAUCCACAAGUUCGACACCGGUCAUUAUAGCUGAUUUGUGGAAGCCCAUGCAAAUACGAUACUCAACAACCCAGGAAAAGUUGGACUUUGUUAAUAAUGCACACACAAGGAGCCACAGCCAACCGGCAUUGGCUUUCGACAACUUCAACACCAGACAAGAAGCCCAGAAACUGCUUCAGAAUUCUCGCUCCAGUGUCAACCAACUUCUAAAGAAUCACAGAGACAGGUUGAGUAGUUCCCGAUAUCCCGUGAAGAGCACCGAGCCUUCAGACACUGGCUACCGCAAUCACAGGGUGGGAGAGAUCGCCGGAUACCAGAUUUUUGGCGGGAGUUUGCCGAGGACGAGCGUGUACAAUGUGAACGAGCGCAUGGUGUCGUCUGCUUCGGACUUGUCUAGUUUGUCAUUCGGCUCGAUCGACCACGAAGUGACUGACAACGUCACCCCGACGUGUCCACAACGUGCAUCGGAGUCUAGGACUUUGAUACAAUAUUCUCCUAACAUUGAAAGCCAGUCUGCAUUAUUAAAAGAUAGGUAUUUUGAUGUGGAAAAUGGGAACAAUGUUGUAUCGGCCAUAGUGUCGAGCGAUCAUAGUCGGUCAAAUGGCGUGGCAAGUCCUGGUAAUGAUAAGAGAACCGAACUCACGGUUAACGCCGGAGAAAAAGAAAAUACCACUAAAGCCAGGUCUGCUUCAUCUAUCCGUAUGCCUGUCGACAAUUGGAGACGGCAACACUUUGUCGACAACACGGUCGAUUCGGGUCCCUCCGAGGCUGUCGAUGCCUUACAACCAUUCAGGCUCAAUGCCAGACUUCCUUCACCUGACAGCCGGCCAGUGAGUAGUGGAGUCUCGCCGAAUUUUGCGGAAGAGAUCAGCAUAGUGGACCAAGCGAACAGAACCGAAGAAGGGUUACCACCAGAUUGCUCGAUGUGCCCCAUGUGCCGGGCUCAGGCCACUCUCAAGGCAGCUGAGACGGGAGAAGAAACCCGGGAAAUCUUGGAAGACCUCCGCAAGGAGGGGAGAGACUUCGUGAGCUUUCCUCGCAUGGAUUCCAACAAUUCACACUUCGUCAGCAGUGAAUCACAUCAAGAAAAUCAUCAGCAAUCAGUCGUAGAAAACGAUAAAAGUCCGGAUCAGACCUUAAGGGAGCAAAGAAAACGGACUGCUGAGAGGACGGGCCGCUCAAGCAUACGGCUGUUUAAUGAAACUUCAUACAAUCCGCCUUUCCCUCAAAACGACAAAAUCGACUCAUAUGGCAGCAAUGAGGAACUCAUAGCAAGGAAAACUCAUUCUGAUUCUGAAACUGUUAAGCGAAACAAUGUGGCUGAAGCAAAUAUGAUAGAUGUUGAUUUGAAAGCAAGAUACAGGAGUGAGAAAAAGGCAAAUGUCCGAAGCCCAAGAAGAGAUUUUGAACCAAACAUUCGUAAUGGCGCAAUUGUAUUAAGAGGUAGAGGUCUGACACGAGCAAACAGGCUUGAGCAGACCCAGUACCACACCAGUCCUCUUCACGCGGCCAAGUGGUACAUGGACGCAGCGCUACCGACGCGUCAGGCCAGCCCACGCGGUUCCAUGACCGUGUCUCGAGGAGCAGCGAUCCCUGGAUUGGCACCAUGUUCCCGGUACCUGCCUCCCGCAGCUACGCCAACGAUGAACCACCGAGUCCCUCUCAUCAUCUGGAGAAAGCUUCAACAACUAGAUACACCACAUCACAGUGACAACAGAGGGAUGGAGUACGAGUACGGAUCCAGGUUGGCGGGGGCUGCUGGCUAUCACGGGGGUGGAGCGACGCGUUUCACCCAUCAACAACCGAGAGUUGAUCCUGGCGAUGAGAAAUUCGCUUCUAAGUCCGAGACAUUGACAUCCUCGUUAGUUAUUCACAUCCCGACGGCUGGUGUUACACCUGAAGAUGUGGACUGCCCACCAAACAGCCCUGAAUGAUUUUU